UGUUUCCUCAGAAUAAGCAGGGACUCUGGAAGAUUAGAUUUACAGUGCAGUUGUCGAGCUGCAGAUCCUCCACUAUUCAAAUCAAAUUGUAAGAAUGUGAAAAUCUCAAAAUUGUUUCAGUUUUCUGUUUCGUUUCCUUUUCUGAUUCGGAUUGUUGAAUCACUUUGACAAAUUUAGGAGUUGCUGCGGCAAAGAUGGAAAACAGAGAGGAGCAAAAGUUUAGCGUCAGGAAAUUGGAGAUAACUGACAAGGCCAAAGGUUUCAUUGAGUUACUGCAACAACUUAGCAUUUGCGAUUCCGUCACCGACAAGGAAUUCGGGGAUCGAUUUCGAGAACUAAGUUCUCUGGGAGAUGAUCACAUUAUCUGCGUCAUCGAAGAUGAGGGUUCCGGAAAGAUCAUUGCCACAGGGAGUGUGUUUAUUGAGAAGAAAUUUUUGAGAAAUUGCGGCAAAGUUGGGCAUAUUGAGGAUGUUGUUGUGGAUUCCAACGCUCGCGGGAAGCAAUUGGGAAAGAGAGUUGUCAACUUCCUCACAGAGCAUGCUCGGUCGAUGGGAUGCUAUAAGGUGAUUCUCGAUUGCAGCAUUGAGAACAAGGCGUUCUACGAGAAAUGUGGCUUCCAGCAGAAAUCUGUUCAGAUGGCUAUGUAUUUUGUUUGAACACCAGAUAUAGGUAUACUUAGCAUGGGCGAAGCCUCUUAUGGACAUGUAAGCAAGACCUCGGUGGAUGCCCUUUUGACUUUCUUCAUAUUCUUUUGAUAUCAAUAUUGUGUGAUGUGAUAUUUUUGCUCAAUCUGGUGCAAUUGAUAACUUUUAAAGAAUUACAAGUACCUCUGUAUUUGGUCUUCAUUUGGCUAUUCUUCUUUGAAAAUAA